AUGUUCCGGAGUUUGUCCACUGUUUUGCCCAAAACACAAAAGCAUGGAUGGCUCAGACGUGUUGGACAGGGCUUCGGUAAGGCUUGCUUCAGUUUACCUUGCUAUCGACGUAUUUUUUUGAAAUACCAUCGUAAAAUCUCUCGAUUACAUAUAUUCGUUUGCAUUCUUUUCUGAUAGCAUGGCCAGAUAUACUUUUAGCCGCUUCAGGCAAUAGUAAGCAUUCUAAUUUGCCCCGACGGCAGCGCCCUAUAGGUUUGCGCGGGCCUACACGUGCAAACCUGCACAGUACCCACCCCUUUUCCCCUCAGGGGCAUUUCUGCAGCUCGUAACCCCAGACAUUUAGUAGCCUAUCCAAUCCUGGACGUCUGCAGUUCCGCCCGUCAGAUGGUGCGGGCGUGCGUGUUGGACACCAAAAUGUUAUCAGAGUUUGAAGGGGCCAGUUUCUCUUCUGAAAAUGUCUUCUCAUUUUUGCAAUUCUUUACGUGAUACCCUGAUAGCAAGCCAUAUUGAGGCGAUCUCGAGUAUAUAUCCGUCUUUCGAGGCAUGCAUAUCGGGUUGUUGUCCACUGAUGAAAACACCUUUCUUCGAAUCCCCGCAGCCGUUGGCCUUCUAUGGUGACACCCAGUUUGUUAGACAUGACUGCAGUCUGCUGUGCUAUGUCCAUAUCUGUCAACCGGUCGUCCGACUGCGGUCCCCGGUAGUCUGUAGAAGAAGUCGGUGGAAAGAUGACCUCUUGCCAUCAAAGCGCGAGCGGCCGCCGUCGGAAGGGUAGCUAAGGACUCAUGUGCAUCGUGAUCGUUUACAAUCUUUUCUUUUAAUUUUAAACAGCGUAAGUUAGUGUAACUUACUGGCUGAGAUGGCGACCUUCAUGGAACAGGCGUCGAACGCUGGUGACUGUCAGGGGCUCUGCCAAGUUAGUGUUAAGCCUUCGGCACCCGAGUGGCUUUUCGCAACGUGAAUGACGGUUUCAUUGCUGACAACUCAGACAAAGUCGAGCACUGUCGUGAGCAUUUUAGGCAGCAUCUCAACUUCGAUGUCCAGCCCAUCACAUCCUUGCUUUCCUCUGCAGCGGAGUUUCUUCCCUCUCCAGCCUAUGCAGUGUCAUGCGACCCCUCUUCUGGAAGAGACGUCGCCGAUGCUAUACAAAGGCUACGUAACAACAAGGCACCCGAAAAGGACACUGACCUCCUGGCUCCAUGUGGGGAUUGAACAAGCGUGGAGGCACGAGGUUUCUCCGAUGAAUGGUCCUUAGGCACUCUUGCACCUAUCUUCAGGAAGGGAGAUAAUAAAAGAUGCGAGCACUAAUACUGCAUAAGCCUUAUCGACGUUACAGCGAAGAUCUUCAGUACUGUCCUUCUCAGGCGAUUCCAGACUGCAUGCCUAUAGGACGAGACCCAAUCAGGCUGGAUUCCGUGAACGACGUUGCUGAAUCGGUCGGUUUAUCCAUUAACGCUGGGAAGACUAAAGUGUUUUCAAGCUUCAUCCCUAAUCAGGAGAAGACAGCUCUCGAGAUUGGUGGCCGUCAUCCCGAAGAGGUAGCCAGUUCUCAGUACCUCGGAGCGAGGCUGCUGCCGAAUGGACAGAGUAAAGACGACGUUGUCUCCAGAAUUGAUGCUGCCCGCUGGGUUUUCUCAAGCUUUAAAAUCCCUAUGGAUCUGACGCGACUUCUCCAUCGCCACUAAGAUUCGCGUGUACCGUGCAUUUGUCCGGUCUGCCCUUCCAUAUGAUUGUGAAUACUGAGUUGUGCGGAUAGAGGACGAACGAAAACUGGAGGUAUUUGACCAUCACUAUAUGAGGGCCAUCCUUCGAAUAAAGUACACCGACUUCGCCUCAAAUGAGACAGUCCUCAUUCGCUACGGCAACAUCGUAAGGAUAACUCAGACUGUCCAAGAAAGACGACUGAGGUGGUCUGGGCGUGUUCUUUGUCGUCCACCUCAAGAGUUCAGUGUAACUUCCCUCGAUCCGGCACCGUUACCUCACUGGAGGCGUCAAAGAGGGGGUUAAUUCAAAGCCUGACUCGGCACAGUUCUUCAAAACAUGGAAGUGGUUCCUGGACCUUCGGUACUCGGUGUCCGUCGUUGCAAAGUAGUAUGGGUCGAACUGUCUAGAUCUGUUGCCGCGGAUCGUCACGCGUGGAGAGGUACGGUUCGGGACAUCACUAAGGCCGACUAGAUCAGGCAUGAUCGCAGCCGUACGAAGUAUAAGUAAGUAGUAACUUGCCGGCGAGUAUAUGUUUUCACCACCGGAUUGGCAUAGUGUCUCGUCCAGUGUUGAAUGUAAGAGGCUCCCAACAGCGUUCUUGAAGACAUGUAGAAGUUCUCAAACGUGAGCGCGUGCUAUAUUGCAUCGCAACGUCCAGGUAUAUACACGUGACCACUAUUAAUGAUAAUGGUCCUAGUGUUUGAUGCGUCGUCCAAGCAUCCAGUAUGAGUACAUUCUAAAUCACUUACCAGGAAUGAUGUCUUUCUUUCAUUUCCCCCAAAUUUAAGGGAAGAAAUUCAACUAAAUAAUGCACUUGGAGAGGAGUCUUCCGGCCUGUGUCUCCUCAAUUUCCCGGACCAGUAUUUUGGUCCAGCCGGUGAAUGCGUAUUGAGUAGGACGGCACUUUCUGAAGGAUCUGAACAAUGCUUCAGUAGAUCUCGACUAAAUACGACUAUAUUGAGCUUGAUAACGGCCUUUUAAAGGAUAUCUGAUAUCCACCAGACGAACAGUUUGUCAGUUUGUCACAUUUGACUUUUCGCCGCUUUAAUUUUCGUUUUAUUUUUUGUACUUAGUUUUUGACUCGUGUUGGGUUCCAUCUAACAUCAGGCACACAACAGUGGCCAAGAAAUGCGCACAGCUACAAAACUGAAAACCUAUAUGCCGGUGUAACCUUGUGAUGGGAAAGCGUUUUAAAACCCCAAGAGUAUGACAGGUCGUGUUGCAACGACUAUUAGUUAGAUUAGUGGGUAAUGACAUUAUUGCAUCGGCCUCAAUAGGCUGGGCUACUUGGGACCCACAGAUGGUCCGAACUCGUACCAAUUAUAUGCGCAGAAGAAAGUUAGUGGAAUUUUUCACAGUCUUUAACUGCUACUUGUUCCGAGAUACGGGGAAAUUUAUUCCUGUGCGUCUUCAUAUCUGUUCGUAACUUUCUUGCCUAUUCUAUUAUAACCUUCCUGACCGCAGUGCUGUUUUUCCCCAACCUAAGUGGACUACUUUAAACGCCUCGGAAAUGACUACCUUGCCGUCUUACGUGAUACUGCCGACGACAUUGCAAAACACCCUGGGAGAGCUGGUCUCGUCCUUUUGGCUGGCGCCAGCACCGUUGCUGUCUGUGUUUCCUGCCCCCAUGAGUCCGCCUUCGAUGCCCAACUCCUCAGCUACUCAGUCGAUCUAUGGGACACUCCGAUGGACCUACAGAACCGAUCGGCCGUUGCUCACAUUCAAUCCUGCCUCACCCAUCGUUCUCAUGGCCAACUUCGACAUGCUAACUUUGGUUUCCUGCAUAUUGUUUGGCGCGAUGAUCGCCCUCGGCCUUGUGCUCUCUACUCCGAGAUCUGUCCGUACAACUACCCAGCAGGGGGCGCCAAAAGUCCAAUCCGUGGUCUCCUCAACUGUUUCCUUUAUGAUCAACCUCGGGACCUCCCACCCCUCACUGCUUUACAGCGUAUUUCUCACGUUUUGCACAAUCGCAUCGUGGAUGUGGGGUGCUUUGGGCGAUUUUGGUUUUUGGAUGCUGCCAUGGUUGACUACGAUAUUAAUGCCGAUGAGUGGGCUCAUGAGUCCCCGACGGCUUUGCCAGCAUAGUCUCUCUGACGUCAAGGACAGUGGGGACACUGUACCUUCAUCUUCAAGUAGUCAGAAGGCUGGAGACAGUACCAAUCCUCCGGGAAGCACCGAUAGUGUAUCAGAAUGCGCCAAAUCACCGAAAGGAAAUGAGAGUGAAAAACAGAUAGGUUCAACGGGGCAGGGUGAAACAGACGCAGACGAGUGGGAGGUCGUUGAAGAGACUCUGGUGCAUGUGAAUUGCGUAGGAGCAAUCGAACGUGACCUCAUACAGCCUGGAAGGCAGGUGCUAAUGGUUGAUAUUGACACCGAGACGCCACUUUUGCAGGUGAGUACCUAACAGCAGUUUAGUUCUAUGUACAGUCCUAUAGCGGAGCUGUUGCUUUUAUGGGCGGUGCCUUGUAUUUAUAGUUGCAAUGCACGCAGCCCCACUUCCAGUGUGUUUCAGACAUCUGAAGCGGCUGGCUGACGCACGUUCCAGCCAUCAGAUGUUGUGGGGAGUUGCCGGUAUUUGAUCAAAUAUAUGGAUUACGUGAGCCUGGUAGUCGUCUGGUGGAUUCUAGAUGAAUUACUUAGGAAAUCCUGCUUGGCCAGUCAACUUAUUGUGUCAGAUUUGGUGGAUUCUAGACGUUGCAGUAGGUUGGGCGGGUAACUUGACCCAAAUGCGACUAAAACUCGCGUCUUCCGGCGAGGCCUCGUAGUUCAGGUGGUUAGAGCGUUGGCUGUACUAAAGCCUUCCCCUUACUGUCGUGGGUUCGAAUCCCACCGAGUCGCUGAGUUUUUCAAAGUUAGGUCAGUAUGGAUCAAAUAUAUAUCUGCGACGAAUGAGUACUUAAAUGGUCUGGGUGGUUUUUUCUUCCCUUAAUUAGUGAUCAUCAGUUUUCUAAGCCCACGUCCAGACUAUUUAAAUGUCACCAGGAUGAAUAAAGCCCUGUCGACACCGCACCCAAUUAAAAAAUGACAAUGAUGACGAUGGCUUUGAGGACACUUCACCUUUCAUAUAGGUAACCAGUGAAUCAAUGUUUGCAGUAGAUGCAGUCCGUCUCUGUCCGCUGCUGACCGGUUAAUUUUUUCAGUUAAACAGAAAACAAAUUAUUUAGUCUUGGCGUCCACGUGCCGACGGAUUGCGUUUGACAGAUUUUAAAUCUAGAUGAGAGUGACAUUGCCGUACAGCAUGGGGACACAGAAACGUCUCUUGAAGUUUCUAUAAUUCCCACUACAGAUCCUACAUCUUUUUUAAAUUGGGAAAUGCAUUGAUGAGCGCUGACUCUUGAAUAGUGGAAACUCCUGUAAUGUGGAUUUAUGGAGUUCUCAGGUCAUCCAAACCAACUUUCCGGUAAUAUUAAAGAAAUGUUUAGGCUUUUUGGAAGAAUUUUGCUCCGAACUAGAUUAAAGUCAUAAUGGGCGAUAGGUCAUCACAGCUUCAAGGAGGAGCACCUUAUCCAUCUCGUCCACUUGUUCGCUCGCAUCUUUAAUAAUAACUAAAAAUGGCCACUCGGAAUUGGGCAACUCUUGGAGAAUUUGUUGCCCCGCUGCAUCAAGGUCAUUCGCCUUCCGGGCGAGUUGUUCUGGACGCACUAAUCUCAAUGUUUGGCGUACGUAAGUCCAGUCAGGGACGACCGCCCACGCGCCACGCGGUAACCUUAGUCUUUGUCAUUAGUUAGAGUCCUCCCGUACUCAGCGAAAGAUCGCACCCGGCGCAUUGCUCACUAACCAGAUUCUAAAUAUAGCACUUAUACACCAAUUGUCAGACACCUCUAGUUCUCGCAGUUUUUCAGCAUACAGUAGAUGACUUUGGUUGCGGUUCAUGCGGUCGGGUUUUGCUGUUUUGUCGAAUUUCGGACAGAGUUUCAGGAGACGCCAGAACGGGCUACGUACAGGUAGUGUGGCAUAUUUUUGCCCUGGCAGCGGACGCAAGAUAGACUUACCAUCAUGGAAGAGGCGUGAAUUUUUUUGCAUUUUGGGAUCUUUAAGUUCCUUUUUUGUCUUGAAGCAUUUUGUUUCGGGCCGAACUUCUGGGACGUAGGUGAAGAGCUGAUUGCGCCGGAAUUUCCGGAAUGGACAGUGCUGUUAGAAUGACCAAGACUUGAAACGAUAAAUUUUACCCUAGCUGCUCUUAUAGAGUCCCCCUGAUAUUGACAACUGGCCGACUGUGAUAGUUUAUCGGUCUCAUCACAAAUAAACUGUGUUCAAAAGUUUUUUAAAACUCUUGUCGCGGUCAGAUCUUUAACCACGGUAGUAUCAUCGACGCAUGCAGCCUAGAGCGUCGAUCGGCAAUUGGUGGAGACCGGAUAUUGAUGUUCUUAUGUGCGUGUUCAUAAUUUGGUCGUAGGUAUAUCUGUAGGCGUUUAAGCCCGUUUCUGGACUAUACCCUCUUAGUUUGGAUAACAUGUUGGUGUGUUGCUUGAGAUCGCCAAUAACACGACAGUGUGCGUCAAACUUAACCUUAUCACCAACUUUUCAAAUAACUUCUGUGCUGCCUAACUGUUAUUGACAUUGAAAAAACAAUUAGUUCUGCUAGCCAAAUUUUGUCUAUUUGACCAAUAUCCUAAACCGUUCACAUUGUGAUUUUAAGUGUCUAAAUAACAUCUACUUAUACUGCUACAAGUAACCUUGAGUUUCCCAAUUUUGUUUUAGAUUGGCCAAGCUAUUUUCCAGGGCACUUACAAGCAAGCGAUUGGCACCAGUUUAUUGUUCGAAAAGCACGCCCCCACUUCUGCAAAAGACUCCUCUGAAAAGUCACUCACCGAAAGCAUCGGUGUUUUUUCAAGUUUCCCAAAGCCUUCUUCGCGCCCCCAGUUCACCUAUUUUGGCAAAACUUCUAAAUUACUAGAUCUCCAGCGUGUAUUUUUAAAGCCCAAGGAAAGUGCGGAGUAA